AUGGGUCGAGGAAUUCCCGUUGGACCGAAAGUUGGAAUAACCUUGAUACUAUGGCCACAAUUGUCCAGUUCCCUUCAGCUGACCAACCACUUGUAUAAUGAUGCUGAGUUUCCAAACACCUGUAAUAUUUGUUGGGGAUUGCAAGUGGGUCCACAGGGCACCACACUGCCUGCUAACACAAGUGCACCUUACUUGGCUUCCGAUGAGCCAACGAAGAAACAGUUAAAAAGCCCUACCAUGCAUGGUCAUGACACCCUCUGGCGUCAGCUGUGGCUUCUUGCAUGCCAUAAUUGGAAAGCGGACCAAGAAACACAACCAACAAGGAGCAAUAGUGUCCCGGCCACCCAGUGCUUAUCAGAGGAGUCAGCAGUACUUCCGUGGUGGCUUGUUUUCUCAGACCAUGUUGAAUUGAUGUGUGAGCUCGCAACAACAUUAAUUUUGGGAGUGGAGCCAUCCACUAAGAAGAUCACUUGGGACUUUUAUAAUAUUUUAAGUGACAGUAUCGUUCGAGUGGCAUGCAUAAUCCUUAUGUCCAGUUACAUAUUCGCUGACGCUAAUUGCAUGAUCAUCACCCUGCUUACACUGAAAAUGGUGUCAGAAUAUCAAACAGGGAGAAGAUUACAAUCUUCAUUUCCACAAAAAGUUCUUCAAGGUUCGCACGCCCUCAAGUGA